AUGCCGUACUUUGCCACGAGUGCCGAAUGGUACGAGCAGUCGUCGCUACUGCUAAAAGCCCGCCCAACAACUACACGCAUCACCUCCAAAUACUCGGUCCACAAGCCCACAGCCGCCAAGAUCAAGAAGCGACAAAAAUAUGAAGAGAAGAAGGCAUCACGGCCAGCAGACAAGGCGCGAGACUCAUCACCACAACCACAAUCGCAAGACGCGGAAGAAGUAACGGCCACCUUUACGCUUAAAACAUACGACCCAGAGUCGGGAACAUGUCUGCAAUAUGAGACCAACAAGGGCGCCGAGGUUGGAAGGCUAAUUGGAAACCUGGGAAGGCUAGGGAGGCACAUGGCAGCGCUACCUGAGACGACAGAGGAUUUGAGCAUGCCAGCGGGCGGCGAGGGCGCAGCGACACCGCAGGUUGACGAGAGCGGCGACGUCAAGAUGGGCGGCACAGCACCAGAUGCAAAGGCAGGCGCAGGAACAGGAGGAAAGAAGAAAAAGAAGGGCAAGAAAUGA